AUGUACAAAGUCGGUGAUGAGCUUCUCCGAAUCGUCCGACUCAUGUCACAGUCUCGCUCAGAUGUGCGGCAGGAGGCUUGCAGACCUCGUAGUAGCGCUACGAUCGAUUCAGUCUCUUCUGCUCGUCAACGCACUCGUGCACAAACCGCUGCAUAUCUGCUCGGUAUUCGUCCGGAAUUACCCGAUAUCAUUGAUACCGCAGAACAGCACCAGGCCCCCGAGCUUGACAAAAUUGAAUUCCGAGUGCCGUUGCAUACUAUGGAUAGGAUCCAAUCGACCACGUACGUUAGCAAGCUACACUCCGAAUCAGAUCCUCGGCUAGACAUACUCGACUCCAUCAAAGCUAUCAUGGAUGUUCCAAACCUGUAUGAACACUUGGGCUGGCGAUUGUCUACCGCCCGCCGCACGGAUCCUCCCCACCGGCUUCUGACUGUGCAUGACAUUGAUAGUGCUUUCAGAGCUGCAAGGGCGGAGAGCUCUGGGAGGCGACUUGGACAUAAGAAAGUCGCUAUCGAAAUCAUCAAUACGGAGCCCACACCCAAAGAAAAACCCGCAAAACAAAGGGCAGGUAUACCUGCUAAGACUGAGCAGAGCCUUUUACCAUCCAACAUACUCGUGAUCUCCGACGGGGCACUUGGCAGACAACAAGAAGGCCAUGCUGUGCCUCAGCCGUUGAAGAGGACGUAUGCGCUUUUCUUGGAAAACGACGACGAAUCAAGCGAUGAUGAACCCCCACAAGAGAUCGAAGACGUUGUGACGAGUGUUCAUUCUCGCUAUCCUGCAAUGAAUUUCCGUCAAUAUAUUGGUAAAAUGAAAGAUCGUGGCAUUUUUUACCUGUCAACUGCAGCUCAUUUCAAUUCUGGAUUCUAUAAAGAAAAAAUAGGCAUGUCAGAAGGCGCUGCAUAUACUUUUCAUAGUUAUGUUGAAAACGCUUACAUGAAGGCGGAACAUAGGAAAAGGGGAAGGAAUGCUAAAGGGAAGAAGGCACGAGCUUCAAGAUGA